GGAUAUUCAGUUCCCUAUGCUCAUGUAGGCCUACACGGAGAUUCGAACUACCUAUACGGACGAUUGGUUCCAAUCAGUGGGCAUUAUGACCUGGAAAACCUAUCGCAAAGUGGUAACGCGAAGCUCUUCAGUAAGCUGACAAUAAAAACUCACUCAAGUUGAAACGCCACACCCACGCCCUGCUGUCUUCAAUGAGCCUUUACUAUUUAUAUUUCUUUAUUAUAGUUGCCUAGUCAUGUUGUACAGAUGAAGACAUUUCGCGCCUACGUUCUGCAUCAAAAUGAUUCUCGCAGUUAGGUAAAGUUUGGUACUUGACGAUGGGUUCUUUCAAAACAAUACUUGGCGUUCUGCUUUGGUUUUUACAAAUCGCGCAAGGGAGAGGGAGUAAUAUUUUGAUAUACACAUCAUAUGGCGCAGGAAGUCAUUUUAUGUGUGCAGCUAAUAUCGGCAACGAGCUAAAGCGGCGCGGCCACAACGUCACUGUCAUAAUUAGCAAUGCCUAUGAGAAUAGGUCAAAGGAAGAACAGUACAAAGACUUACAAUUUGAAAUCUUCAAGCAUAGGGUGCCGGUUGAAGAAGUGUGGAGGAGGCAUGCACUUAUUACAAAGGGGGUCUUCAAAGGAACUUGGCGUCAAGAGAGCUGGUCUAGGUUGACUGAAGCUAUCAACGAGUAUAUUGGUGAUUGUGAGGAUUUGUUCAACGACAAGGAACUUCUGCAAAGACUUCGUCAAGCUCAGUUUGAUGUUGCCUUGGUUGAUCCUUAUUUUCCGUGCACGUUGUUUGUAGCUGAGUAUGCUGCCAAAAGACACGUGUCGAUCAUGGCUACCUCGUGGUCACACCUUGCUAGAGACAAUGGGAACCCUUCAAACGCUGCCUACAUGCCAGAGAUGAGCCUUGGUUUCACAAAUCAGAUGACCUUGAUCCAAAGGGCUAUCAACUGUAUAAUGGUUUUAAUUAAUGAAUUGAUGAAAAGAAUGACCUAUGUCUUUUCACCCAUCCAGGAUGCCCAUGGAAUCUGCCCGGGGCUUCGUCCCAGUGACCUCUAUCAAAGGUCGCAACUGCUCCUUGUCAAUGUUGAUUUCGCCUUUGAGUUUCCGGUUCCUGUCAUGCCGAACCUGAUACCAGUUGGUGGCAUUAGUACGAGACCAGCAAGCAGUCUAACUCAGGACCUGGAAGAAUUCGUCCAGAGUUCGGGGGAUGACGGAAUCAUCAUCUUCUCUCUCGGGACCUACGUGAUGCACAUGGAAGAAGAGUUCGUUGUCAAAUUUGCAAAUGCCUUCGCCAGACUUCCGCAGAAGGUCCUCUGGCAGUUCCGUGGAAAAGUGCCACCUCUAGUUGACAAGAUGCCCAACAUAAAGACUAUGGAAUGGCUUCCUCAGAAUGACCUGCUUGGCCACAAUAAAACACGUGUCCUCAUGUACCAAGGAGGAAACAACGGUCUGUACGAAGCGCUUUAUCAUGCCGUUCCUGUCGUCGUCAUACCCUUGUUCGCUGACCAGUCCGACAUCGCAGCUAGGGUGACGUCUCGAGGCAUGGGCAUCUCACUCGAUAUAGUGACCAUAACAUCGGAGAAGAUCGUCGACGCCCUUAAUGCCGUCAUCCAUGAUAAGAAAUACAAAGAAACGGUUACAAAGCUGUCGGCGAUAUUCCAUGACCGACCGAUGACACCUCUUGAAACGGCAGUCCACUGGAUCGAACACGUCCUCAAGCACGGGGGCGGCUACAUGCGAUCACCGAUUCAUGACCUAACCUGGUAUCAGUAUUACCUUCUCGAUGUCGCCGCCGUCUUUCUUCUCGUCUUCAUCACAGCAAUUGUUUUUGUGGUGUAUUCAUGCAAACUUGCUUUUAAGGGAUGUAAGCGAAUGUUUAACGGUAGCAAAGCUAAAACUGAAUAAUGACACCUUUUUGUCUUUGGGGGUAUUAUGUAGAAGGACAUAUGUAUUGACGUCAGGGGCGAAUUCAGGAUUUUGAAAAGGGGUGGCACAUUUUCCCCUAGGAAAAUUUGACAUGCAAAAAAAAAUUAAAAGGAAUCGUGUCUGAACGACAUAUUGCCAUUAAAUAUUUUGAAAGAUCUUAGAAAUGCUUUCAAAAACCAUUUCUUAAGAAUAUUUGCAUAACAUUAAUGAAACAUUAGCGUCAUUAUAAUAUCAAGCAUAUGUUUUGAUGGCCAGACAAAAACAAUUAAAAGACAUUUUUUAAAAAUGUUAUCAAUAUGUCCAAUCAUGAUGUUAAAAUGACAUGAAAAAAACAUUAAGAAAACGAAAUAAUAUUUUUCUGACGUUUUUAUAAUGUUACAUAAUGUGAAAAUAAUUUUUUUAGAACGUUCUUAGGAUGUUACGGCAACAAAAUCUAAUGUUAUAAAAAGUAAUGAAAAUAUGUUUUCAAAAUAAUUCAACAAAACAUUUUUGAAAAAUGUUUUUGUGAUGUUCUCUAAAACUUUUUCAAAAAUGUAUUAGAAACAUAAUAAUUUUGACGUUUUUGUGAUAUCAUUUUAACAUUUUGAGAGAAACACAAUGUUUCAAUGACAUCUUUACAAUAUAUCUUUGGUGUAAAAAUAUUAUUUUAAAAACGUUGUUAGAAUAUUAUGACAAUAACAAUAAAUGUUCUUGAAAUGAUAUGAAACGAUGGUUUUACAAUAUUUUAACGACACAUUUUUUGAAAAAUGUUUUUCAAUUGUUUUCCAAAAAUAUAUUAAAAACAUUUUCUUUUUUACGUUUAUGUGAUGUAAUAUUAACAUUUUUUGAGAAACAAAAUAACAUUUUACCAACAUCUUUAUAAUGUUACACAUUGGAUGUGAAAAUAUCAUUUUAAAAGCGCUGUUACAAUAUUCUGACAAUAGUAUCAAACGUUCUUGAAAUGUUAUAAAACAAUUUUUAUAUAAUAUUUCAACUAAAAGUUUAUAAAAAAAUGUUUUCCUAAUAUUUUUCCAAACGUUACUGAAUGUAUUUUUAACAUAUUUUCCAAUGUUUUUAGGAUAUGAUUUUUACAUUUAUUUAAGAAACUUAGUAAUAUUUACUAACAUUUUUAGAAGGAUAUAUAUUUAAUGAAAAAUUAACAUUUUUAAAAAUGUGUUAGAAUAUGAUAAUAGCGUCAACAGUUAUAGAAACGUAUAGAAAAUAUUUUUUUUCUUCUAAUAUUUGCCAAAAUAUUUCAGAAUAUAUCAGAAACAUCCUUAUUUUAGUGUCUUCAUAAUACAAUUUUAACAUUGUAUAACUAUACUAUUAUCUUUAUACAUGGGAUCUAAAAAUAUAUUUUAAGGUUGUUAUAAUACCAUAGCAAUAACAUCAAACGUUCUUGAAGUGCUAUGAAACUAUGUUUUUAGAUUACUUUCACUAAAACAAGGAGAAAAAUAUUGUAUAAUAGGUUUUAUGAUACAUUAUUUCAGAAAAAAUACAUUUUACUAACAUCGUUCUUAUAUUGUCAUAAAUUAUGUAAAAAGAACAUUAAAAUAACAAAAUAUUCUCGAAAUGUCAUGAUAUGUUUCUCAAAUAUUAUAACAAAACAUUUUUUAGAAAUGUUUUUAUAAUGUCUUUAAAAAAUGUAUCAGAAAUAUCCUUAUUUUGACUUUUUUACAUAUCAUUUAAACAUUUUUCGAGAAACAACUAUUUACUAACAUCUUUAUGUUAUGUAUUGGGUGUGACAAUAACAUCAAACGUCCUCGAAAAAUUAUGAAAAUAUGUUAUUAAAAAUAACUAAAAAUUUAAAAAAAGUUUUGUAAGUUUUAUCCAAUGUAUUUAUCGUAAUAACAUCUCUAUAUUACGAUAAAUACAAUGGAUAAAAAUACAAUUUCAAAGAAUAGUUAGAACUGAGUUGUAGAAAAGUUAUUAAAAAAUUUGCAAAGUAUUGAUGCAUUGAAUAGUUUACAGACAUUAUCUAUACCCGAAUGUGAAUUUCAAUUCAGUAAAAUAAAAUAAAAGGUUGUUUUUAAGCCAUUGUCGUACAUUGAUUGUUCAAGGGCUGUUCAAGUGGAGUUGGUGGCAUACAUCCAUAGCUUCUUAAACUGGGUGCUCCUUGUUAGUACAACCAUUGGUUUAUUUAUACAAUAUAUGACAUUUCGAACUUGUACUAUAAAUAGAACACACUUAAAGACGGCAGGUAUUACUUCAAGACAUAAAGGAGGAUCAUAUGAUGUUGAUAAUUUGAGACCAAUAUCUGUUCUACCUGCCUCGUCUAAAAUAUUUGAAAGAGCAAUCCACAAUCAACUUUAUGAAUACUUGAAUGAAGACAAACUGCCAACGAAUUCUCAGUCAGGUUCUAGAUCUUUGCAUUCAUGUCUAACUAAAAUUAAAUACUAUUUGUCUGAUAAAAUGGAUCAGGGGCGAAUGAUCGGAGGUAUUUUCCUCAAUUUACGUAAAGCAGUUGAUGGUAUACCACACAAUUUCAUUCUUGGAAAACUGAAGUAUUAUUGAAUUAAGGGUAAAGAAUAUGAUUGGAUGUAAGCUUUUUUAACAGACAGGAGACAGCUUGCCGAAGUAAAUAAUUGUAUUAGUGAAAGUGUAAAAAAUAAAUCAGGCGUCCCACAUGGAUCCAGUUAGGGUCCAUUAGUAUUUUGUAUUUCUAUCAAUGUAUGUAACUUGAAUUUGAAUGUUAAUUCCAAAAUGUGUCUUCAUGCAGAUGAUACUGCUACUUUCUCUUAUGAUGUUUUAUCUAAGGAGGUUUAAAAAAAUGCAAAGCGAUUUUGAUGUUACCUGUAACUGGCUCGACCAAAACGUAAUGCAUUUGCAUUAAAAAAGUCAUAGGAAAAGAUUGAAAAAUUAUGCUUUAAUGAUAAAAUAUAGAAAUGAACCCAUCGAAAA